AUGUCGGGACCUCCUUCGCCUCAGUCCUCGCUUUUGCGGAGGCGCUGGGCGCCCGUGGCUGCGUCUCUGGUGUGGCUGCUGCUGCUUGUGAGCAGCAGCAGCAGCAGCAGCGCAGCAGCAGCAGGGAGCGGCGACGCUGCUGCUGCGCAGGCAGGGGCCCCCAGCAGGGGCCCCGCGGGCUCUGCUGCUGCAGCAGGCCGAAGCAGCAAGGGGGCCCCUGCUGCUGAGGCCCUCGAAGAAGAAUCUGAAGAAGACUCCGAAGUCUGCACUCAAAACCUCCGAGAUGCAAUUAAUGGCGCCAUUUCCCAAGUGAUCGGUGAGCAGCAGCAACAAGGCGGCCACGAGCUGUACAGACACCUCAGCUGUACAGACACCUCAGCUGUACAGACACCUGAGCUGUGCAGACACCUGAGCUGUACAGACACCUCAGCUGUACAGACACCUGAGGUGCUGUAG